AGAGCUAGUGGGUGCUGCUGUAGCCGAGUCGGUUGUACUGGGAGAUUGCAGCUCGUGGUAUGUUGCAAGCUAUAAUUGCAGCUCAUUACAACUAACACAUUAGUCUGUGAGGCAGUUCAGGGCCACAGGGCAACUUGGUUGAAAUACUUCUACACAUAUCUACUUGGUCCUACUGUUGUUGACCAAUGGCCAGCAAGAUUCAGCAGCUGUUGCAGCAGUAUGAAGGCGCGGUACCAGAUCCACGGACACGGCACUGGCUGCUGGUAUCCGACAGCCCGGUGCCGGUGUGGGUGGCGACAGGGCUCUACCUGAUGAUGGUACUGGUGGGGCCGCGCAUCAUGAAGAACCGGCAGCCGUUCUCCCUGCAGUGGCUCAUGGUUGUCUACAACCUAGGGCUGGUCGUACUGUCCACCUACAUGUUCAUCGAGAUCAUCGUGAGCGUGGUGGACGCGGGCUACGACAUGUGGUGCGCCAACUACAACCAAGGCAGCUGGGCUAACCCGAAGGAAAUGAGGGUUGCCAAGGUCAUGUGGUGGUACUUCUUUUCCAAAGUGAUCGAGUUCAAUGACACACUUCUAAUGAUACUGCGCAAAAAGUUCAACCAGAUCACAUUCCUACACGUCUUCCACCACGCCACCAUGUUGAACAUCUGGUGGUGGGUCAUCAUGUUCAUUCCUGGGGGCAUGUCCUGGUUCGGCAGCUGGCUCAACUGCCUCGUCCACAUCGUGAUGUACUCCUACUACGGCCUGUCUGCCAUCCCUGCACUCCGAGGCAAGCUCUGGUGGAAGAAGUACAUCACCAAGUUUCAGUUGUUUCAGUUCUGCGUCACGUUCACCCACACGGCCAACUCGCUGCGUGUGUCAUGUGACUUUCCGCGCUGGGGGCAGUGGCUCCUCACUCUCUACAUGGUCGUCAUGUUGUGCCUGUUUGGGAACUUCUACAUCCAGUCCUAUAUACGCAAACAUAAAAACACUCACUCCGUGGCGGAUGUUCCCAGAGUGAACGGGGUCAACAAGAGAGGUGUCACCCCUGUAAAUGGGAAGAAAUUUUUGAAUGGACAGACAAACGGCUUUAUACAACACACGAAGGGAGAGUAGUGUCGUCUUAGUCCAUGGUCUUGUUUACUGAUGUGUAAAUAGUUGCUUUAAAUGAUGCAAGGUUGGAGGUUGUCUGGCAAGGUCGUCAGUUGACCUCUGAACCUUGUACUGGAAAAAGUAUGAACAGCAAUUUGUUUUUGUUCUUGUAACCAUAGUAACUGUUUCCGGUGAUAUAUUUUUGUUUAAUCAAAAAGUGAUGGUUGGGAGUACAAUUAAUAUGUCUGUAUGGUUCUUCUGUAGGUAAUCAUGUUGAAAUGCCACUGAUGGGUUGACUUGAUGUCAGUGACAGUAUGGCUAUUAGUGUCUCCGUACCAAAUUUGGACGAUCAAUCUGAUAUUGUAAGUAUGUGUUAUAGUAUGGGAGUGAAGGUAGUCGUAACACUGUGAUCAGACAGAUGUGUUCGUCUUCAGCUUGUGUCGGGUUGUAUAUAACAGAUGUCCUGUACCACAGCAGGAGAGCAGGGCUGGAGUGGGCGUUUGAGUUGCAUUGACGCUGUUGUUUCCUGUCAGCUGUAAAUGUCGUGGUUUCAAACUGCAGUAGAACAUGGUCAUAACAAACACUGAUAUAACAUUACAUAAUGUCAUGUCAGUGACAAAUAUCUGACAGGUUUGCCAGAAAUUUAUGGUGACAGAAACCAGACGUUCCACCCCAACCACACCCGAAUAUCAACAGGUGUACGUGCUCCGCAAGUAACAACUGGUCAGUCAGUAACACGAGAUGCAUAUGACUUCCAGUAACAAAUACGUCACGGUCCAUGUUGAAAUUGCCUGGUUUUCUACAGUUCUCUCAAUCAUACAUAAACCAAAUACUCCAGUGAAUGACAUGUAAAUAGGUGGGGGGAGGGGGGAAGUACUGCUACACAUUUCAAAAGUCCCUUGGUGUUUCGAUCUAACCAUGUUUUACUGUGUCUGUUUAAUAUGCAUCAGUUUGUUUCCCAUGUCAGUAGACACACAAGGGAGGUUCUACCACAGUGUAGGAACAACUUAGGUCAUAAUUACAACUGUGUUGUGUUCAUGUAGCAGUUGUGUCGACCUUGACACUGUCUAAGUAAGGAUCACAUAUGUGGAUGAACAACUUCUAUAUUACAAAGGAGCGACGUUAUCUUUCGAGAUUUCAUCAAAUCUUGAUUGGACAUGAUUAUAUCAUCAAAUCUAAAUUGAUACCUUUGGGAUCUUCAUUGCUGUUGAAUAUACGACAGGAAGCAAUCUGAAAUCCUGUGUCACGGUGGCGGUGACUGUUUGUUGAUCGUGUUGUUUUUACCAUGGUUACAGUGUCGUUAUUCCUGGAUGUAAGUUGUUACAGUUGAUCGAGGUCGUCAGUUUCUCACUUUGUUGAAAUGUGUUAGUUAUAUUUUUGUUUGCAUCACUGUUUAUGUCAUCUGAAGAUUCCACGGUCGUCCAGACCCAAGUCAUGUACACUCCGUCACACCGGUCCGUCACAUCGGUCCGUCACACCGGUUCGUCACACCGGUUCGUCACACCGGUCCGUCACACCGGUCCAUCACACCGGUCCGUGCAGGAGGAAGUGUUAGGAUGCAUAAUACAUGUGGAUGUUGUUCUUGUUGUAUACCGGUGACUCUGGGAAUUUGUUUUGAUUUCCAGUUAUAGAAUGAAAUGUACGGUGAAGAAAAUAUAUUCAAGGCAAGUAUGUAAGGAACAAACAUACGACUUACCAAUAUUGUGUUCUUGUCCAAUAAAUUCUUAAGAGUUUACAAUUUAAUUUUGUGUUUUACAGAUUUUCAUUCUUGGUCUAAAAUAUUUGUUUUUUAAGGUUAUUUUCGUAACUUAAAGUCUGCAAACAAGUUUCCAUAAAAAUACAAGCAAAUAUGCUUAUUAGACAUAUUUUCGUUCAAACAGCGCUUUUGAUUUAAAAAUAUUUUCUUCACUUUUGCAACAAUCAGCAUGCUUGUCAUAAAUGAAAAAAAUGUCUAACAUCAGAGCUUUUAUAAACUGUUUUUGUUUUUUGAUGUAACAAUGCCCUGUAGUAUAGUCUACAUGUUUUUUGAUGGUUGUACAGAGCUGUGUGCCCCACAUCGAUGAAUCACAACAGCUGUUGGCUUCUCAAACUGUUGAGAAAAGUCUCGGUGUAUUUCACUCACAUACUGACGAGUCAGCAUUAUUUACAUUGUGCGUAUCACAUCAACCUAAAUGUGUUCGGAGGCAGACUGUGUGUCAGUGUGUGACAUUAAGUUUUCAGUUUUGUAUGGUUUUGUUUGUAGUCAGUAGUGCAGCAUGUUUCCAUUUUGUUCCAUGGCUGUACUGGAUCUCAGACUGUGGACUGAGCAACUGUGAUUCACAAACGCAACCAUGGUUGUAAGUGUUCCAUAUUAUAGAGGUGUUUCAUGACAAUCGGCAACACUUUCCUUAAAUAUGCAAGUAUACUACUCCAGAGGAGCUAAGGAAUACCCCCUAUUUCCAUGUGACUAUAGUUAGCCUGUCAUGGCUGGUUGGUAUUGCAGCACACAGGCUUCCCAUUGUGGGUGUUCUUUAACUUGUUUUGAGUAGUAUAUAUGUAUAAGCAAAACAUGUACUUACAUGUAUCAGAUGGUUUUCUGAGAACUUAAACAUAAGUGCCCAUUGCAUUAUUUUGUCCAAACUUGAGAUUACUUUUGAGUUCUGAUUUUCUUAAAUUCAGAGAAGUGUAAUCCAUGUAUUCAAUGCAGUUAUGCAAAGUAUAAAAUCCAUAUUAGCCGUGCUGUCAGUGAAUACGAGUCACUUCGCAAAGUCAAACUAUAAUCAUAGCAUGGUCACCUAAUUCAUUAAUAUAUCAUUCCUAUACGGGAACACUUGUUGUAGACCUGGGCUGGAAUAUCGGCCUGACCACACAGAUCCCUGGAUGUUGAAACAAUUUGUAUCAAUACUUCAGUAUGUCAGCAUGUUUUAUAUUGCCUCAUCCUUCAUAAAUCUGUCCUGCAAGAGAGCCGAGAUGUGUAGGUGGGGGACAGUGUAGUAUCGACAUACAAAGUCAGUACACAAGCGUUCUGUUCAUGCUGUUCCACGUUUAUAUCCCAAUGAUGUAGCUAUAAUUAUGUUGUCGCAGUCUGGAAAUAAGUUCACCAAGCUGUUUGAGUUCGCUUCUCAGAAGACUCUAUGUAUGAAAUCCCACCGUCUAGAACUGAUUCUCAACUAGUCUGAUCAAGUCCACUGAAAGCCAUCCUUGCAACCACCAUAUGUAUUUGAGAUUGUCUAGUUCUUGGUCCUGAUAAGGAUUCUGCAGGGAUCAUAUUACAGUUUCCUAAGCAGCAUUCAAAGUAGUUGCCUGCACGCUAUCUGGGCAAGUAGUUUUCUAGGGGGGCCAGUAAUCUUUCAAACUCCCCAUCCUGCUUGUAUGUUUUUAAAUGAUUAAGUUUGAACAUCAGUAAACAAAUCUCUCUACUUGCUAUAACCUUGAGCAUGACAUUCAGCCCCCAUUGACCUCAUCUCGCCGAUACAUGUAUUUCCAGUUGUUUUCCAGUUUUGAUGUAAGCCGCCUGAACUCCAGGUAGUAUCUAGUCGUGUUCACGUGUCUGUGCAGUGUUGCUGUGUCCUCCUUUCACUGAUGUCUACUGUAGUCCACAACCAACUAUGCAGCCUGACUUAGUACUGAUCAUGUGUGUUGAUGUUCAAUAAAGAUCUGCGGUGAGCACUUCCA